AUGACAUCUUCAUUAAUACAAAAUCUACUCGAACACAAGGAAUUGCAUCCGUUAUACGCAUCCAUUCUCUUCACAAUUGGCAUAUUUGGACUCACUUAUGGAUUCAAAAAGAUCAAUGAUCUCGUCUUCAAACAUCAUGUAUGGUGUAGAGAGUUUGCCGGCAUUUUGAAUUUGUGUUGUUGCAUCUUUCAAGAAGAGGUUCUCCAAGAGAACUACGGCUUCUCUGCAAUGUUCAUCGCCAUAGUGAUCCAUUGGAAACUCCGCGAGUACUUCCACCCGUCUCACGCCGAGAACUCAUCACUUCUCCUGGAAGAAGGCCUUAUUCGUCGUCGUCUUUUCAUUCUAGACGCACUUUAUCUCAUCGUUAUUCACGUUUUCUGCGCUUAUCUUGCUCAGGGAGCCGCGUUUGACGUGUUAAAGUCAACUUAUAACCGGACUGGGCUGGAGGUUUCGAUUAGAAGAUGUCUUUGUAGAGAACUCGUUCCAUUGGAGUAUGUGGGAGUGAUUCAAUUCGCGGCGACGGACUGGUUGAGAUUCGUUUUGCAUCAUUUGGCGACGCCGGAGAGGAAGAAGUAUCAUGUUCUCGUCUACGCCAGUUUCCUUGUUGGAAACCAAUUCCUAACUGGUUUCACUGGAAUGAAUCCAGCCGUCGCCGUGGCAAUGUUCACUGGUUGCACCCUGAAUCGGUACACUGUUCCAACGUUUCUCUUCGUCUACGUGUUCUGCACUAUCUUCGGUUGGAUGCUCGCUGCCUGUCUCUUCGGCGACACUCCGAGGAGAACUUGCCAUCGUGAGAGAUUCGAGGAAUAUACCGAGAGAAUGGAGGAGGCCACCCGUCUCGCUGCAUUACCACCACCACGGAUCCCCUUCGCCAUGUGGGACGUGGUCUGGCCAGUUGUACAAAACCUAACCGAAGAACUGUCCCGGAUGCCACGAUAUAUCGCGUCGAAAUGGACAGUAUCCACACUCCUCGCGUUCCCUUACUUCAUAAAAGAAGUUCUCGAAAACGAGGCGUUAUUCCCGUUAUAUUCAUUCAUCGUCUACACUUUUCUCCUGUUUUCCAUCACGGAAAUCGUUAGACGGAUCGGCGAUCGUUUUCUCGAUGAAUCCAUGAUGUGGAAAUUCAACGAGUUGAUCAGUAUGACGACGAUGUGUGCGUGUCUCAAUCCACAAGUGCUGAUCUUCGACAAAUACGGCCCAUUCUCAAUGCUCAUCGCCGUCGCUCUCCACCGAAAGCUCGCCGAGUUUCUCAACCGCGGCGCCGGUCUCCACUCGUCGCUUCUCAUCGAAGAGAAGGUUCAACGCACUCGUAUCACCGACGAGGACUUCAUUUGGCUCUCGGUGGCUCAUGUUCUCUCCGCGUCGUUUGCUUUUGUGUAUGCAGGAGGGAUUUGGAAUCUCACUUUUUGGUUGACCGGGUUGGGCGGAGUCGCACCACGAGUGUGUCUUUUCACGGAGAAGAUCUCAAUGGAGGCGGUUGGAGGAAUGCAGUUUGGUCUCUCCUUCUUGAUUCGAGUCGUUUUGCAUUACUUGGCGAUACCGGAGUUGAAAAAGUAUCAUGUUCUUGUCUACGCUGUUUUCAUCGUUGGAGGUUACUUUCUCACUGGUAUGAUUGGAAUCGACGCGAUGGUUGCUGUUUCAACUGUUCUUGGCUGCACUCAUAUGGGAAACCACACUCCGUCGAAGGGCAUCCUCACAUACCUUAUGAGCCUCAACUCGGGAUGGAUGCUCGCUGGCUGGUUAAUGGGUGACACUCCGAUGAGAUCAAUCCAUCGGGAGAGAGUCGAGAAACGACUUGAGGAGGAGGAGGCCGCCCGUGUCGCUGCAUUGCCACCAGCACCGCCCAAGUUUGUUGGAAAAGGGAAUAGAAGACGUCAAGUGCGAUAA